CUAUUUUUUUUUUUCCGGUUGUUGGCUGCUACGAACUCCACCGGGCCCCGCGCCCCCCGCCCCCCCGCGGCCCCGCGCCGCGGAGCCUGCCGCCACCAUGAAGAAAUUCUUCCAGGAGAUCAAGGCUGACAUCAAGUUUAAGAGUGCGGGUGCCGGACAGAAGCUCACGGAGUCGGCGGCGGAGAAGGCCCCCAAAGAAAAAACCAACCAGCCGGCACGCCAGCAGCCCCGCCAGGGACCCACCAAUGAGGCACAGAUGGCAGCAGCAGCAGCCCUGGCCCGACUUGAGCAGAAGCAGCCCAGGGCUCGGGGACCCACGUCACAGGACCUCAUCCGGAACCAGGUGAGAAAGGAACUUCCAGCUGAAGCGUCUGUCAGUGGGAGUUCGCAAGCCUCAGGGACUAACAUGGUAGCUGAGCCCAAAGAGGAAGGCUCAACUCAGCUGGCGGCGCCUGGAGUGUACUUCACCUGCCCGCUCACAGGGGCCAUCCUGAGGAAGGACCAGCGGGACACCCGAAUCAAGGAGGCCAUUCUCUCACACUUCUCCACUGACCCAGUAGCUGCCUCCAUCAUGAAGAUCCACACGUUCAACAAAGACCGGGACAGGGUGAAGCUGGGUGUGGACACCAUCGCCAAGUACCUGGACAAUAUCCAUCUGCACCCCGAGGAGGAGAAGUACCGGAAGAUCAAGCUGCAGAACAAGGUGUUCCAGGAGCGCAUUAACUGUCUGGAAGGGGCCCACGAGUUUUUUGAGGCCAUUGGCUUCCAGAAGACAUUGUUACCAGUUCCGGAUCAGGGCCCCGAAGAGUUCUACGUGCUAAGCGAGGCCGCCUUGGCCAAACCCGAGAGCCUGGAAAGACACAAGGAGCAGCUGCUGUGCGGCGAGCCUGUGCGGGCCACACUGAUCCGCCAACGCCGUGUCUUCCGGCCCUCACCCAUGGCCUCCCAGUUUGACCUGCCCCCUGACUUCUUCAACCUCACGACUGAGGAGGCCAAACGGGAGCAGAAGCUCAGGUCUGAGGCGGUGGAGCGGCUGAGCAUGCUGCGGACCAAGGCCAUGCGGGAGAAGGAGGAGCAGAGGGAGAUGCGCAAGUACACUUACACACUGCUGCGUGUCCGUCUCCCUGAUGGCUGCCUCCUCCAGGGGACCUUCUAUGCCCGGGAGCGGGUGGCGGCACUGUAUAGCUUUGUCCGGGAGGCCCUGCAGAACGACUGGCUGCCCUUUGAGCUGCUGGCCUCGUGUGGGCAGAAGUUGUCGGAGGAUGAGAACUUGGCCUUCAAUGAGUGUGGGCUGGUGCCCUCAGCCCUCCUGACCUUCUCGUGGGACAUGGCGGUGCUAGAGGACAUUAAGGCCGCGGGGGCUAAGCCAGACUCAUCUAUCCUGAAGCCCGAGCUCCUGUUGGCCAUCGAGAAGCUCUCGUGAAAUAAAAGCAGGGUUGGCUUCAGCCCCAUGGGUCUGUCUCCUGCUUCCUCCACCUCUGCUUACGUCCUCAUUCUCCCUCCACUCCAAGGCCUCCCAGCCUCCUCUGGGACUGCCCAGCCCAUGGGCAAGGGAGAGCGACUGGUUGGCCUGUGACCGCCACUGAGGGCUUUCAAGCAACAGCUGCUGUGCUGUCCUUGGUAGCAUUCUCCAGCUGCUAUUUAACCUAAUUAACGGAACCCCAGGCAUGACAGACCUGGGCACCUCCCUGGAUAGGAAUAGGCCUGCAGCUUGGGUCCAGGCCCCAUGGCUGGCCCUGAGGCUGUCCUGUGGAACUGCUGGUGAUAGUGGCAUAAGAUAGAGAUGCUGGGCCUGGGCAGAGUUCUGUAACACUAAGUUCUGAAUCCAAAUAAACAGGCUGUUUGACUAGUC